GUGUGUAUUCCUAGGGAAACAAAUAUAAACAAUUGCUGCAAUCUAGAACUGACAAAAUUAUAUAUUGCCAAUUGCCAUAAACAAAAAUUGCUCGCCACGCUGUGCCCAGACACAAGAAGAAGAAUGAACGCCUACUGCACACUGUACUCGGGCGAUAACUACGACGACGAGUCGAUUGGCGACGAACGCAGCGAGGAAGAUACUGACGACGCGAGUGAAACCGAGUUUCGCAGCCCGACUCGCUAUGGCGGCACUAACGGCACUUCGUCCAACAACAGCAACAACAACAACAAUAACAGCAGCAACAAUAACAACAUCAAUAUUGGCAGCAACAGUGGCAUCAACAGCGAGCUGAAAGAACAAAUGUACCAGCACAAACUGAUCAAUCUGCAGAAGCAGCUGGAGGAGCUGAAUCAGCUAAUGCACCCGGAGUAUAUGAAGCGUUUGCGCAAGCUGGACAACCAGCUGAAGGAGCGCCGGCGCAUCAACGAGAUCUACAAGGACUACAUGCGCGACUGUGUCGAGCGCGAUUACAUUCUGGAGAAGAAGGCCGCGCAGAAGGAGUUCGACGAGAAAAUGAUGGACCUCAAGGAUAAUCUGUUGGCUGACUUUGAGGAUCGGAAGCGACAGAUCGAAAACGAACGCUACAGCUUGGAGCUGACGAACGAUUCCAUGGAGAUCAAGACGACAGUCACCCGCAAGCUGCGACGGCGACCCAAUGAGCCGCUGCCGGUUAUCGAAAAGCGUCGCAAGCCCGCCACAGGCCAGCUGCUCGUCUACCAGCUGGACGACAAGGAAAUCGAGUCCGAUCUCAAGAUGAUACAGCGUGGCAAACCGUUGCCGCUGCAACAGAACGGUAUGGGCUCCUACACGAACUCCCAGCAGCAGCAGCAACAUCAGCAGCAGCAACAGCAGGCCCACAAUCUCCUCGUCGAGGCGAACAGCUACGUGGAAACGCGCAUCGAGGACAACAAGCUGCUCUACGAGCGCCGCUGGUUCUGUCGCGGCCAGCAGGUCUAUGUCGAAGGCAAGGACAUGAACAAGUUUGCUGCCACAAUUACAGCAAUCGGCAACGAAGUCAUCUGGGUGAAGCGCUCCAAUGAGAGCAAAUUCAAGAUAAACAUGUCGCAUUUGGCCAAGGGCAAAAUAUCCAUAAAGCGUCGAUAAAACCCGGCUAGAAACUCUAAUGAAUUGCUUUUAUAGAUGUAGAAUAUAUAUAUAUACAUAUAGAACAAAAUGAAGAAAAAAUGAAACAAUAAAUUGUAAAUAAUACUAUCAA